AUGAAUCACCUGGGACAUUUUUACUUGUGUGUUUCCGUUCCUUUAGACAUUAUCGAUAACCAAGAUGAUGUUCGUGGAAAGUAUUCAAAUUGUCUAAGAAAUAUGACAAAUUACAGAGCGACAAAGACCUUGCUUUGGGAAGAACAAACAAGAGAAAAAGAUUUCGAUUGGGAAAAUAGAUGCUACGAAUCAUACAACGAAUCUGUAAUUUGA